AUGGAGGGUGAGGAAAGGCCUGCCAUGGCGAGGUCGAGCCGUCUGACGGCCCUUCAGGAGCAGCUCAUCUGGGCCCUGCUAGAAUCGGGCCUGUCUCGGGAAGUCUUGAUCCAUGCAAUGGGGGAACUAGAGCGAGACAGGGCGAAUGGAACAGACAAAGGAGAGCGGGGGGACGGGGAAAGCUCCGAGGAAGGAGAGAUGGAUUACCCACCACCGAUAUUCCGAGAUUUGGAGAAGCUUGCCCCAGAAGAGGCAGCCAAACUGAGGGCUGAAGUCGAACGGCUCCUGCAAGAGGACCCAUGGCAUGUUGCAAAAAUGGUGAAAAGCUACAUGCAACAACACAAUCUCCCCCAAAGAGAAGUGGUAGAGUCCACAGGACUUAAUCAAUCGCACCUCUCCCAGCAUCUCAACAAAGGCACACCUAUGAAGAACCAGAAGAGAGCCGCACUGUACAGCUGGUACGUCAAGAAGCAGUGCGAAAUCAGCCAGCAAUUCACCAAUGCCAAACAUGGCCUCACAUCAUUGGAGGAGCCAGGUGAUGACUCCAGGAGGGGUCGGAGGAACAGAUUCAAAUGGGGCCCAGCUUCCCUGCAAAUCCUUUUCCAUGCUUACGAACGGCAAAAAAACCCUAGCAAAGAGGAGAGAGAAGGUUUAGUGGAGGAGUGUAACAGGGCAGAGUGUCUCCAAAGAGGAGUAUCCCCUUCACAGCUUGCUGGUCUGGGGUCAAACCUGGUCACAGAAGUCAGGGUGUACAACUGGUUUGCAAACCGCCGAAAAGAAGAGGCUUUCCGGCACAAACUGGCUCUUGAUGGGCCAUUUACCAGCCAUUCGGGUUCUUCUUCAAACCACCUUUCUUCUAGUCCAGAACUCAGUGCCAAAUACAGUCAUCAAAUCCAAUGUGAGACCCUGAACUCAGCCAGAGCUAGUGGAGGGGAAAAUGUGGGACGUCUUGUGGCAAGUCCUGUCCAGCUGGAGCCAAGCCACACACUCCUUGAGAGCCACCAUCCCAAACUGGUUUCCAGUGGAGGCCCACUUCCCCCUGUAAGCACUCUGACCUCACUUCACAGUUUGUCCUCAUCGCCUGCAUCUUCGCAAGGCCUAAUCAUGGCUUCCCUGCCUAGUGUCAUGAGCCUUGGAGAGUCUUCACUUCUCAUUGGCCUAGCUUCAACACAACCUCAAACGGUACCAGUCAUAAACAACAUGGGAGGUGGCUUUACAACUCUGCAGCCAAUCUCAUUCCAGCAGCAGAUUCACACCCAACAACCAAUGCCACAACAGCUCCAGAGUCAUAUGGGUGCCAGUCCAUUUAUGGCUACCAUGGCACAACUGCCAAGUCACAUGUAUAACAAGACUGAUUCGUCUCAGUAUGCUGGGUCCAGUCUGCUAUCGCAAGCCAUGGUAAUCACUGAUAGCAGUAGUCUGGGGACAUUAACCAGCCUCACUUCUGUCAGACAGAUUCUAACAACAGAUCCAGAGGAGCAGACAGAUCCUUCAUUGCAGGAAAAUUCUCUGCACCUGCAGUCUCACACACCUGUACCAGCAUCAAGCCAGAGCCCAGAGCUCUAUCCUGCCUCCCAGACAACAGACAACCACCCGUCUCAUCUCUUGUCAACUUCACCGACAGACAUUAGCUCUUACAUUCCUGCACAAAUGGUCUCUACAGCACAGUAG